AGCUUCGCCUAUUUAAUCCCCGACACAUUCUCUGCUUGCAGCAUCUCUUGCUGCUUCCCCGCUUCCAUCCCUCCAAAGCUGCUGUCGGCCAUCGCCUCAGGAGCUAGCCAUAUCGCCGAGCACCUAGUGCACGUGUGCUGCGAGGUGGGGCGGGCCGGAGAGGGCACAAUCGAUCAGUAAGUGGGCGCGUGAUUGAGCACGACGUGCGGGGAAUGGGGGGAGCGGGGUGGCUUCGGGUGGCUGCGGCAGCUGGCUGCGCGGCGGUGACGUGCACAUUGGCGACCACGAUGGUGGUGCGGAGGGUGACGGCCUGGAGGCGGUGGCUCCGGGCCAUGGCGGUGCUGCGUGACGUCGAGGAGAGCUUCGCCACGCCCACGGAGCGGCUGCAGCGAGUUGUCAACUCCCUCGCCAUCGAGAUGUUCGCUGGGCUCGCAUCCGAGGACGCCAGCAAGGUCCGGAUGCUGCUCACCUGCGUUGACUCGCUUCUGGAUGGGAGUGAGGAAGGCAUAUAUUAUGCCAUUGAUAUUGGAGGAACGAGCUUUAGAUUCUUGAAAGUGGAACUUGGUGCAGGGUCUACAAUCAUUAAUCAAAAGAUCGAGCAUCAACCAAUAAAAAAAGAAUUGAUGGAAGGCACAAGCGAGGAUUUUUUCAGUUUCAUUGCCUCAACGCUGAAGAGCUUUAUUGAAAGAGAGGGGGGUGAAGGAAGGGCACUUGGUUUUACAUUUUCUUUUCCGAUGAGACAGUUUUCCAUAACCUCAGGGUCAUUAAUCCGGUGGACUAAAGAAUUUUCAAUUGAAGAGGCUGUUGGGAAAGAUGUUGCUCAGUGUUUAAAUGAAGCGCUGGAAAGGAAUGGACUAAAUUUGAGGGUCAAUGCAUUGAUGAAUAAUACUGUGGGCACACUAGCUUUGGGGCAUUAUUAUGAUGAGGAUACAAUAGCUGCAGUGAUUAUUGGAGCUGGCACCAAUGCUUGCUAUAUUGAACGUAAUGAGGCAAUCACAAAAUGCCAGGGCCUUCUUACUAACUCCGGACAAACGGUUGUAAAUGUAGAAUGGGGGAGCUUCCGGCCUCCGCAAAUACCAUUAACUCCUUAUGACAUAUGCUUCUAUAAUGAGACACCAAAUUACUAUGACCAGGGGUUUGAGAAAAUGAUAUCGGGUGUGUAUCUUGGGGAGAUUGCAAGACGGGUGUUCCAUAAAAUGGCUCAAGAAUCGGAUGUAUUUGGUACUAAUGUUGAUGGUUUAUCUAUCCCUUUCAUCUUAAGCACUCCAUGUCUAGCUGCUAUCCGUGAGGAUGAUUCUCUGGACUUGAAGGAAGUUGGAAGAAUACUAGAAGAACAUCUGAAGAUACACAAUAUUCCUCUGAAGACUCGCAAACUGGUGCAGAGAGUGUGCGAUAUUAUCACCCAAAGAGCCGCACGUUUAGUGGCAGCUGGAAUUGUUGCAGUACUACAAAAACUUGGUCGUGAUGGAACACUUUGUGGCACCACCAGGGUACGAAGUAUAACGGGCGUACCAAAGAGAUCAGUCAUCGCAAUCGAGGGUGGUCUCUACCAAGGAUAUUCAGUAUUUAGAGAAUAUCUGGAUGAAGCCAUAUUGGAGAUCCUUGGGGAGGAGAUAGCAGCCACUGUCGUUCUUAAAGUGGUGGAGGAGGGAUCUGGGAUGGGGGCUGCUCUCAUCGCAGCAGCAUAUUCGUCAACUAGAAAGAAUUCCAUAUAAGCAUGAUGUAGAGGUUGAACUCCUGUGCACAUAUGUAUUCAUUCAUACCCCAGGACAUGUUUAGAAUGGGUGUAUUUUUAUGUGGGCAUAGGUACUUAGUUUGAUUUAAACUGAAUACCAAUGCCCACACGAAACAUAAACCCAUUUCAAACAGUCCCUCAUGUAUACAGGAUAGAAAUUGGUUCUUGUGUAGUCCCUUUCUAAUGUUAAGUCAGUGGUCUUUGCCUAUUAUCUGCUCA